GAGACAGCCUCACCCAUCACAGGUUGCCCACCCUUUCUCCUCGACCACCCCUUCGGUCCCCAUGAUGCAGGCUCGUUUCCCUCAACCUGCUCCUCAACCUCUUCCCUCGUACCUGGCUAUUCCGGGACAGCUGCCCGCGGUCGUUGCCUCCUCGUCCGCUGGUCCAUCAGCCAGCGGCCACGGCCCACAACCUUCUCCCACCUCCGCCCCAGCAGCGGCCUCGACUUACGCCGCCGCAGUGCACUCGCCUCGAUCUCUCUCCCCCCACCAUCAGCACAGUGGACAUCCUCUUGUGCGCACCACGGACAUUCCCGAGUAUGAUGGGACAUCCCGUGUCUCUCGCUGGUUGCAGAUAGCAACGCGCACGCUCUCUAUGACGACCACCCGUCAGGAGUUGUGGUGCGAUGUGCUCGUAACCAAAUCGCGAGGUAGCCCUUCCACUGCGUGGGAGGAUCAUUAUACCGAGCGCCUCCGCGUGGGUGAGGUCCCCACUCUGGCCGACUUCGCGGCCUUCCUUCAGGACCGUUUCGGCGCUCGUCAUGACGCCACCGACGCCUUAGACCGCGUCACCCAGACCAGAUGGUCCGGGUCCUCCAUACCGGCCGACCUGGAGCGUCACAUUCGGGUGUUCCAGGACGCUCGCCGUAUUUGUGACGAGACGUUCCUACCGGAGGUCACACUCACCGACCGGUUCCUCGUCAGCCUGCCGACUGACUAUCGCUUAGAGCUAUGGAGGCGAUCAUUCUCUUCCGCGGAGCAGGCAUACGAGGCUGCGCGUCAGUACCAGAGGAUGUGCAGUCGCUUCUCCACCGCCCCAUCCUCUUCGCGUCCAACUGCCACCUCCCAGUCUCGCGGUACCACCAGAGGCCGCUCCUCGUUUGCUGGUCGUUUUCGUCGCCCGGCUCGACCUGUAGCGCCAUUCUUUCGGCACUACAGUUCUCUCGAGUACGGAGAGGACGCCUCAGUCGAGCUUGAUCCUACCAUUGGGGAUUCCCCCGAGGACAUCGAGCUUCGGGACGUCAUCCAGUACCACUUGGAUGACGACAUUGUCCCGAUGGCCGAGCGCGUGCAGAUGGCCAUGUCUGCCAUGGGUCAUGGAGAUUUCGUUCACCCUCGAGUGGUUAAGGAAGCUCGCCUAGCUACCUCUGGGUCUCGCUCUCCUAUCUCCGUUACCCUCGGAGAUAACAAGACACAGCGCUUCUUCGAUCAGACGGUCCCCGAGCUCCACUUCUCCCUCACCCUCCAGCCACCGGAUAGUACCCAGGCGCCUCGGCGCUACCAUUCCUCCGCAUACUUCGAUGUGCUGGAGACUGGGUACGACUUUAUUCUUGGCACUCCCUGGUCUCGCCGGUUCCAUGGCACAGAGAGCGAAUGGGCGACCGAGACACUCGUUCUCAAAACGAAGUGUGGUCAGACCCAUUGCGUCCCGUUCAUUGGAACCACGGGCGACACCCCGCCCGACCUACUUCCCCAGGACCCUUGUCCCUCAGGGUCCCACCCCAACAUCGCAUUCACUUCCCCUCGUCAGUUUGCUCACUUCAUACGACAGGAGGACGUCACGUUCUACUCAGUGAACGUCAUGGAUCUUCUUUGCUACGAUCCACUCUGUCCCGAGGUUGAGCUCAUCUCUCUAGAGCUUGACCCCCCUGACCCUCCUUCCAUCUUCGUGGCUCCCAUCUCUACAUCCACUCGUCAGCCUGCGGAUACCCCCUCCACGUCUCAGGCCCCUGCACCGUCGACUGUCGAGUCCACACAUACGUCUCGUGCCGACGCAGACGCUGAGGAACUCACACGGUUCACGACAGACUUAGAGCCUUCCGUUCGCGACCUGAUUCGAGAGUACCGCGACGUCUUUCCCCCGUACUUCUCAUACAGCGGGAUUCCCCCGAUGCGCGGUGUUGAGCAUUCUAUACAGCUCGUGCCUAACUAUCGUGUUCACUAUCAGGCACCGUACCGACUCUCGAUUCCAGAGGCGACGGAACUCAAGCGUCAGCUUGAGGAGCUCCUUCGACUGGGUUUCAUUAAACCCAGUAAGUCCCCUUGGGGUGCACCUGUCCUCUUUGCUCGCAAAGUGGACGAAACUCUUCGCCUCUGCAUCGACUACUGCGGCCUUAACCGUUACACAGUUAAGAACAGCUAUCCCAUGCCUCCCACGGAUGAGCUGUUUGAUCGUUUGGCAGGCAACCGCUUCUCACGAAGAUCGAUCUUCGUAGCGGUUACCACCAGAUCCUCGUUACCACAGAGGAUCAGCCGAAGACCGCCUUUCGGUCGCGCUUCGGCCACUACGAUGGACUUCCUAGGACACCAUGUGUCUGACCGGGGUCUCCACAUGAACGACGCGAAGAUCACUUCUAUUGCAGAGUGGCCCGUCCCCACAUUUGCCAAGCAGCUUCGCAGUUUCCUAGGCCUCACCAGCUACUAUAGUAAUUUUAUCCAAGGAUACGCUAGGUAUUCCUACGUCCUUACCUCUACYCUCCUCCGGAAGAACCCGCCGUGGUUUUGGACACCCCUGUGCGAGGAUGCCUUUCGCGCCCUCAAGAAGGCGGUGACCUGUGCGCCAGUUCUUCGCCUUCCCGAUUUUGAUCGUCCCUUUAUCGUCACCACCGAUGCGUCAGAUUUUGCAGUAGGAGCUGUCCUUUCUCCGGUGUUUCCCUCUCCUCCAGAUUCACCUUACCCCCAUGUUCCUUCUUUCCCCCCCCCUCCUACUGACACUGCUUCUCGACUAACGCCUACCCUCCCACCACUUCCCUCCACUGACAGUCCUCCUGUCACUUACUCUGCGACCAUCGCGGAGGAUGGGACUGUCGAGGCUCGUGCUGGGGAUUGUCCGAUCGCUUUCUACUCCCGUCAGCUAUUGCCUGCCGAGAUAAACUACACUGCCGAUGAACGUGAGGUUCUCGCAGUAGUUUAUGCUACCCGGUAUUGGCGUCAUUAUCUGCACGGGGCGCCCUUCACGGUGCGCACGGACAACUCAGUUGUCCAGGCUUUCCUCACGAAGCGUAAGCUUUCCCCUCGACAGGCACGCUGGUGGCGUGACUUAUCCGAGUUCAGUUUCACCACUCAGCCCAUCAAGGGUGAAACGAACCGCGUCGCCGAUGCCUUGUCCCGUCGUCGUGAUUACAAUCAGGAACCCAUCCAUCUUGCUGCCAUCUCCAUCACCAUUGUUGAUCAGUCGGUGAUCGACGCUUAUCGCACUCAGUACCGCCACUGCCCCGAUUAUCGUGUAAUCCACGCGACACUGCGGAGUGGCAAGACCGUUCCUUCCUACUCCCUCGGGGAGAACGGCCUCGUGUACUGGCAUGGCAGAUCUGGUCAGCUAGAACCACGUAUCUGCGUUACCUCCACCGGACAGCUCCGCGUCCAGGCUGUAGCAGAGUUCCAUGACCAGGCAGUUGCCGGUCAUAUGGGUUUCCACAAGACGUUGGCUCGUGUUUGCCGCCUAUACGUCUGGCCGAAGUCCAAGGACUUUGUCAAAGCCUACAUCCAGGAGUGUCCUACCUGCCAGGAGGUGAACAGUGCGAACCACCUUCCGUAUGGGUUACUUCAGCCCUUACCCGUACCUGAGGGUUGUUGGUAGUCCAUCUCGAUGGAUUUCAUUGGUCCCCUUCACCCACCCACUGAGUGCGGUCAUGAUGCUAUCUUGGUCGUCGUCGAUCGCUUCACGAAGCGUGCACGUUUUGUCCCGUGCCGCUAUCGCAUUAGCGCUCGUGAGGUCGCCGACAUCGUCUUCGACCGAGUCGUGAGAGAUCACGGCUUACCUCAGAGCAUCAUCUCCGACCGUGACCCGCACUUUACCAGCACAUUCUGUCGACGCCUACCCGAGGUGUACGGAUCCCAGCUCCGCUUCUCAUCGUCUUACCACCCUCAGACGGAUGGUCAGACUGAGGUCACCAACAAAACUCUCGGUAANUA